AUGAACAGGCUUGAAGACAACAAACUAUUAAAUAAUAGGGCUCUAUGCCCGGCUGCUCUGCAGCUGGCUCAGGCCCUGAAAAGAUGUGGUAUUCUUCCACCGUUAACAGUAUCCAAGAAGUCCUCCCAUAAAGAGACGGGCCAUGAUUUCCUGCUGGGGAAAACUGACAAAGAAGUGGACAAACGGAGCUCUGAGUCAGCACCGGAGGUAUCUGAAUCCUUCAAGGCUGAUAUGUCGAGCAUGGACCUGUACGGACCAGGGCUGGAUCAGGGCAUUUCCGGUUUAAGAACUGAUCCAUCUGAAGUGUUCCCAGAAGUGGAUGAACAGAGCGCCGAGUCAGCACAGGAGGUAUCUGAGGAUGAGGACAUGGACCUGUAUGAACCAGAGCUGGAUCAGAGAAGUACCGGUUCUGAAGUUAUCCCGGAAGAGGAGGAAGAGGAGGAAUACCCCGAGGACUGGGACCUGUAUGAACCAGAGCUGGAUCGGAGAAGUACCGGUUCUGAAGUUAUCCCGGAAGAGGAGGAAGAGAAGAAAGAGGAGGAAGAGGAGGAUUACCUCAAGGACUGGGAACCGUAUGAACCAGAGCUGGAUCGGAGAAGUACCGGUUCUGAAGUUAUCCCGGAAGAGGAGGAAGAGGAGGAAGAGAAGGAAGAGGAGGAAGAGGAGGAAUACCUCAAGGACCGGGAACCGUAUGAACCAGAGCUGGAUCAGAGAAGUACCGGUUCUGAUGUUAUCCCGGAAGAGGAGGAAGAGGAGGAAGAGAAGGAAGAGGAGGAAGAGGAGGAAUACCUCAAGGACCGGGAACCGUAUGAACCAGAGCUGGAUCAGAGAAGUACCGGUUCUGAUGUUAUCCCGGAAGAGGAGGAAGAGGAGGAAGAGAAGGAAGAGGAGGAAGAGGAGGAAUACCUCAAGGACCGGGAACUGUAUGAACCAGAGCUGGAUCAGAGAAGUACCGGUCCUGAUGUUAUCCCGGAAGAGGAGGAAGAGGAGGAAGAGAAGGAAGAGGAGGAAGAGGAGGAAUACCUCAAGGACCGGGAACUGUAUGAACCAGAGCUGGAUCGGAGCACUUCCAGUUUGGGCGGUGCAGAAAACGAUCAGCUGAUCAAAACUCUCAGGGAAGAACUUGAAUCCAUGCGUGAAGAAAACAAAAAAGUAGAGGCUGAGAAAAAGGAGGUGGUAGCCACCCUCGCUGAAACAUUGAGUGUCAUUGAGGGCGAUCAAGAGCAAAUUAGUUCCAUGUCGCUCCAUAUUCAGACUCAGCAGGAGGAGUUAAAGGAGAGCAGAACUGAGAUCCAAGCGCUGAGGGACAGACUUUCUGAGCAGCAGGAGGAGGGGGAGAAGAAAGAUGUGGAGUUGGAGAAGAAAGAUGUGGAGUUGGAGAAGAAAGAUGUGGAGUUGGAAAGCCUCAGAGCCAAAGUGAAGGCCUUGUUGCAGACCAAUCAAGAGAGGGAUGAAAAAGUGUCUGAGAUGACAAAAGAGGCUGAAGGACACAACAUGAAGGUGGAGAAACUGAAGAGGGAACUGAAGAAGAGUCACAUUCAGAAGGAGGAGUUAAAGGAGAGCAGAGCUGAGAGCAGAGCUGAGAUCCAAGCGCUGAGGGACAGACUUUCUGAGCAGCAGGAGAUGGGGGAGAAGAAAGAUGUGGAGUUGGAAAGCCUCAGAGCCGAAGUGAAGGCCUUGUUGCAGACCAAUCAAGAGAAGGAUGAAAAGGUGUCUGAGAUGACAAAAGAGGCUGAAGGACACAACAUGAAGGUGGAGAAACUGAAGAGGGAACUGAAGAAGAGUCACAUUCAGAAGGAGGAGUUAAAGGAGAGCAGAGCUGAGAGCAGAGCUGAGAUCCAAGCGCUGAGGGACAGACUUUCUGAGCAGCAGGAGAUGGGGGAGAAGAAAGAUGUGGAGUUGGAGAAGAAAGAUGUGGAGUUGAAAAGCCUCAGAGCCAAAGUGAAGGCCUUGUUGCAGACCAAUCAAGAGAAGGAUGAGAAGGUGUCUGAGAUGACAAAAGAGGCUGAAGGACACAACAUGAAGGUGGAGAAACUUGAGAGGGAACUGAAGAAGAGUCACAUUCAGAAGGAGGAGUUAAAGGAGAGCAGAGCUGAGAUCCGAGCGCUGAGGGACAGACUUUCUGAGCAGCAGGAGAUGGGGGAGAAGAAAGAUGUGGAGUUGGAAAGCCUCAGAGCCGAAGUGAAGGCCUUGUUGCAGACCAAUCAAGAGAAGGAUGAAAAGGUGUCUGAGAUGACAAAAGAGGUCGAAGGACACAAGAUGAAGGAGGAGAAACUGGAGAGGGAACUGAAGGAGAGUCACAUUCAGCAGGAGGAGUUAAAGGAGAGCAGAGCUGAGAGCAGAGCUGAGAUCCGAGCACUGAGGGACAGAAUUGCAUCUCUGCAGAUAAUGUUGGAAAAUCUGCAAAAUGCAAUUAAGGAGAAAGACCAAAUCGUUUCCUUGGUGAGGAACAAAGCUGAUCGGCUGGCCUCAGACCUCAGAGAGGAAAGAGACAAAACCAGAUCUCUGCAGAUGGACCAAGCGGUUUGUGAUCCCAAGCAGGAGGAAAAACUGGAGCACCUGACCAGCCAGAAUAAAGAGUUGGCUUCUAAGAACCAAAGUCUGAAGGAUGAGCUUCACCAGACUCAGAUGGCUCUUCAAAAGCUCCAAAUGGCCUCUGAGAUCAGCAGGUUGCAGGCUGAGCUCAAGGUGGCCAAGAAGGAGAGGAGUGACGAAGAAUGGAGCAGCAAACUGGAAGAGGAGAGGGAUCGCUUCAUUAGAGCUGACAGAGAGAUUCAGGUUUUGAAGAAGGAGCUUUCUGACAAGGAGCUGGCUUUGGAGAAGAGCCUGGCUGCUGAGAAACAUCUGCAAUCUGCUCUUCAAAGUGAAAAGCAGGCCAAAUCUCUGGACGCCUCUAAUAUCCAACUGAGAGAGGACUCCAGAGACCUGACAAACCUCAGAACUCAGUUAGUGGCAAGUAGGAGAGACUAUGACCACAUGUGGUCAAAAUACCGCAGUCUCUCUGAGCGCGAAGAGGAACUGAGCAGCAAGUGCUUUGAAAGCAGGCUGGAGAACAGCAAACUGCAGUACAUGACAGAUGAGCUCAAGGCUAAAGAGAUCGCGAAUAACAUCAAACUGGAAGCACUCAAAGACCAACUCCAAGAGGAGAAGAAGAAGAGCUUUGAGCUGCAGCUGAAGAUAGACAAAGCUGCUCUUGAACUCCAAAAAGAAAAAUUCUCCAGCCAGGAGCAUGGAGCUAAGCUGCAGUACGCUCUGACGUGGCUCCAACAGGAACAGAAAGAGAACAGGAGGUUGACCAAGGAUCUGCUGGAUAGCAAGCAUGAGUUCAACGCGUUCAGAGGCCAACAGACGGAGCUGAGGAUCAAAGAGCUGGAAGACAACAACAAACUUCUGCAGCUUAAACCCAACAUGCUAAACUUCAGCACACACGCUAACAUUGUCACCUACCCGUAA